GCCUCUAUGAUGGACAACAUGGCCAUAGACGAUAUCCUGGUCAGUGCGUACGGCAUGGGACCCGGAGGGGCCGCCAACUACCCUAUGGCGUCGAAACAAGUGAACGGCAAGUUUGUCCUCACGGCCCUGGACAUGCAGCUCACCCCACAGCAGUUCGCCGAGUUACACGGCUCACGAAGGCUAGCUGAUAAGUCAAGCUAUCGUCUGCUUGAUCACUUCCAUGAGCUCUUCAAUAAGACUGGGAUGGACUACCCUAUGGCGUCGAAACAAGUGAACGGCAAGUUUGUCCUCACGGCCCUGGACAUGCAGCUCACCCCACAGCAGUUCGCCGAGUUACACGGCUCACGAAGGCCUGGCUCUAUGGGACGUUUCAAGAGAAAAGCUCUGACCAGCCUCAAAUCUCGAUGGCCAGGCGGUGUGGUGCCCUACGAGCUACAGGCAUUAGGGUUCA